CGCAUUCUUGCAUUACCAUUUCCCCUCCCCCGGCUAGUCUACACACCGCGGCCGGCGCCCGCCACAGCCAUGGCGCUCGAUACCUUCUUCCACAACAAGAUCGAGGCGAUGAAGCUCGAGAUCAUACAGGGCCAAGCAAAACUACGACGACUCGAAGCCCAGCGCAAUGACUACAACUCACGGGUGCGACUACUGCGCGAAGAGCUUGGCCUUCUCCAGCAGCCGGGGUCCUAUGUCGGUGAAGUCGUCAAGGUCAUGGGCACCAAGAAGGUCCUGGUCAAAGUGCACCCCGAGGGCAAAUAUGUCGUCGAUGUCGCCGACAGCGUCGACAUCAGCAAACUCACCGCCGGCAAACGCGUUACUCUACUGAGCGACUCGUACAAGCUCGAAAAGCUGCUGCCCUCCUCGGUCGAUCCGCUCGUCUCUCUCAUGAUGGUCGAAAAGGUGCCCGACAGCACAUACGACAUGAUUGGUGGCCUGGACCAGCAGAUCAAGGAGAUCAAGGAAGUCAUCGAAUUGGGUCUACAACAUCCCGAACUCUUCGAGUCGCUUGGUAUUGCUCAGCCCAAGGGUGUCUUGCUGUACGGCCCACCCGGAACAGGAAAAACACUGCUUGCGCGUGCCGUUGCCCAUCACGCCGACUGCAAGUUCAUCCGAGUGUCUGGUAGCGAAUUGGUCCAAAAGUACAUUGGUGAGGGCAGUCGUAUGGUCCGAGAACUGUUCGUCAUGGCACGAGAACACGCGCCCAGUAUCAUCUUCAUGGACGAAAUCGACAGUAUUGGAUCAAGUCGUGUCGAGGGAAGCUCUGGAGGUGAUUCCGAGGUGCAGCGCACCAUGUUGGAGCUGCUGAACCAGCUAGACGGUUUCGAGCCGACCAAGAACAUCAAGAUCAUCAUGGCUACCAAUCGACUCGACAUCCUUGACCCCGCACUAUUACGACCUGGCCGUAUCGACCGAAAGAUUGAGUUCCCACCGCCAACCGUGGAAGCGCGUGCUGAUAUUCUGCGGAUUCACUCGAGGAGUAUGAACUUGACGCGUGGAAUCAACCUCACAAAGAUUGCGGAGAAGAUGAACGGAUGUUCUGGUGCAGAGCUGAAGGGUGUUUGCACCGAGGCUGGUAUGUACGCUCUUAGGGAGCGAAGAGUACACGUCACUCAGGAGGACUUUGACCUGGCGACGGCCAAGGUGCUGAACAAGCACGACGACAAGGCCACGAGUCUGAGCAAGCUGUGGAAGUAGGCCAUGCAGUGCAGAGCGCUUGCAUCGUACUGGAUGUGCCAGUGCUUACAUCUAGAUCAUGUACAGCAAUCAAAUGGUAUAGAAUUCUGGUAUACGCAAAUA